AUGGCUUGUCGUCCUAAUGUUUAUGAAAGUGGAUAUGAAGAAUCGAGAUUUAAGAUUGCUGUUGAUGAAAAUUUUUACUGUUCAAUUUGUCUGAAUGUCAUGAAAGAUGCCAGAAUGUGCCAUAAUCAACACAGUUUUUGUCGUGAAUGUAUUGAAGAACAUCUACGAGUUAAUGCACAAAGAUGUCCUCAAUGUCAAGAUAAUUUAACUGUAGCUACGCUUCAUCCAGCGCGUGUUAUAAAUAACGUGAUUUCAAAGUUAAAGAUCAACUGCGACUACGCCAGUCGUGGUUGUCCUGAAUUUAUAAAUGUCGAAGAUCUUGAAAGACAUGUUGAAAAUUGUGGUUUUGCUCCAGUGUUGUGUCUAAUGAACGUUGUGGUCUGGAAAUAA